UGGGUGGCGGGGUAUGGGCAUUCCAGCAGGAACGAGAUCCUGCAGUUGCUGCCACCACCAACGCUGCAGGCGAAGGAGACCCAGGGUCUGUGUCCAGAAAGAGAUUUCAAGGUGGAAUGUGGUGGAUUUUCAAACCGCCCAGUGUACAGCCUGAAACACGUGCCAGACACCAGCUUGUUGGUGACGAGUGGCCCACCAGACAGCUCCCUCCAGGUCUGGCAAGUGUCAGCAGAGGACUCUGAUGUUAUUAAAUCUGUAAGUGCCAUUCCUACAGAAAAUGGCACUGGACAACCUUGGGCUAAGAUUGCAACAACUUCUGCCAGAGCCCCGUGGGUUCUUCAUGGCUCGAGACUCAACAGCGUCCAAAUUACAGAGGUUGAGUCAAAGAAAAAUGUCUACGUGGCAGCCUCCAGAAACAGUGAGGAGCUCAGCGGCGUAGCGUUCCUGGAUUGCAACACGUUGCUCAUCUGCUGUGUGAAGGGGCAGCUGUGCCUGGCUGACGUUCGACAGCCGCAGAGUCCCUUGGAGGCUGCGUCCGUCCCCUCGGCGCCGUGUGGCGAACGGUGGUGCAUGGGAGUCGGGCGCGGACCUCAAGGCUCUGACUCAAGCUCCCACCCUGUAGCUCGCCUCUCGAGUGGAGGGCAACUCACCCUAACAGAUGUAAGAAAAACCUCCGAGCCCUUGGCUUCAGCCAAGUGCAAAGUUUCCUCUCCCAGCUCAAGUGCAGAGUUCCUGUGUGUCUCUUGGGCUCCUGCUCUGGAAGGCUGCGUGGCCGUUUCAGGUUUUGAUGGGACUGUUCACGUGUAUGAGACACAGAGCUGGGAUAGCUCUGGCAGGGAAGCAGAGCCGCUCUUUGUUCACAAAGGCCACGCGUUCAGCGGACUGGACGGCAGCGGAGGCUCUCCCCUGGUCACAGUGCACACAUGGCACCCACAGAAACCAAGAACUUUAUUGUCGGCCGCAAGCGAUGGCUCCCUGCACGUUUGGGACUGGGUUCAGUCUCGUGGGAGCUGUGGGUAGAUCAUGCUUUUGGUGAGACUCGGUGCAUUUCCUGUCUAUGAUCUAGUUUGCAUAAGCCGUGAGAUUCUUGUUUACUUGCAGAUGUAGCUAGCAGUCCCAAGUGUGACAGAUGCUAUUUUAAUAUAGUAAUAAUUUUGAUUGUGUUACUUGUUCUCAUGCUUACCAGUCUUGUUCAAAUUAUAGCGGCGACUGCGUAAUAGCCUGUAACGCUGAUUGUGUCCACCAGCAGAGAACAUUGUGCCAUCAUGUUAUUAUAGAUCCUCAUAGUGUGCACCAUAAUGUUCAGAAGAAGCAGCUGAAAUAGUGUGAGUACAGUUUGAGGAAAUGGGAUAUUCUGAGGCACGUUCAACCUGGUGUUUUCCAAGCCUGAAAUGCCGUCAGGAAAGCUGUACACCCCGUUGGGUUUUGGCAUCUCACAACAUAUGUACGUCAUGAAUAACGGCCUCGGCUCAGGAAGUCACAGUGUGAAGGCAGCCUGCCUGCCGCAGCGCGCGCAGCCUUCAGAAGGCAUAGGAGCAGCCUUUCAGCCCUGACUUGCUACAAGCUUCAGCCUCCUGCUGUGUAACUGGAGAGUACCUGGACUAGGACAAGGCCUUGGUGCCUUGUGAAGUCUUUCCCACCAAAUGAAAGCUUAAAUUUGA